AUGAGCUCCCCUUCACAACAGGCACCGCCGCUGCUCUCCAGCCUCAACACUCAGCACCUCGACGCCACCAGCCGCACAUUUGGCCUCAGCAUACAGGAGCUCCACGACCUCAAGCGCCAUGCCUUCGCGGCCAAAGAGACAGCCUACUGCCCCUACAGCAACUUCCGCGUCGGCGCCGUUGUCUUGACCAAGCUCGGUGUCUAUAUCCCUGGGGCUAAUGUGGAGAACGCGUCUUAUCCUGUUGGCACCUGUGCCGAGCGCGUCGCCUUCAACAGGGCGAUUACUGAUGGCCAUCGCGACUUCAAGGCCGUUGCUGUCGCCACGGAUAUCUCGCCACCCGCGAGUCCUUGUGGCAUGUGUAGACAGACGAUCCGGGAGUUCUGCGAGCUGCAGAUACCCGUGCUGAUGUUCGACAAGGCCGGCGACUAUUGCGUAUUACGACUGGAGGAGCUGCUUCCCUUGUCCUUUGGUCCACCUUGGCAGAGACCUGGAGUGGUUCAGGAGAACCCUUGAAGGACGAGGAGGAAUAGGAGGAGAGAUAUCACCAGCUUGUUCACCAUGGUUGGCAGUAUCAUACCGACUUGGGGAUGGGAGAAUCCGAGCAGUCUCUUCACUGG